AGAAACGAAACUUAAGACUGACAUUUUAAUAUUUGCUAAUCACAGAUAGGCAUCAAAAACGAAACUUCAGGCUGACAUUUCAAUUUUUGAUAAUCAGGGAUAGGCAAGCAUGGCAUUUGGAGGUCCCAAGAAACAGCUGUACAGUGAAACAAUUUGUUCUCUCUGCCUGAAUUUAUUCCAAGACCCAGUGCUAACCCAUUGUAGGCACAAUUUUUGUCGAGUUUGUAUAAUCCGGCACUGCCAGGAGUCUCCGGCGCCAGCUUUGUGUCCCCUGUGCAGAGCCACUGUCAAGUUGAGGAACUUGAGGCCAAACCAACAACUAGCAAACAUUGUGGAAACUAUCAGGAAAGCCAAGAGGGGGGAAAAGGCAGAGGGAAGAAUAGGAGUUUGUAAGAAAUUCUUCUGUAAGAAUGACCAAGUCCUGAUUUGUGUGGUGUGUGACACCUCCAUGGAGCACUGGGGACAUGAUGUGGUUCCCAUGGAGGAGGCUGCCCAAGAAUAUAAGGACAAGUUUGAGGCCCUCCAACAAUCUCUGGAGAAAAAGAGAACAACUGCCAUUGAGCGGAAAUUGGCUGAAGAGGAGAAGAAGCAAACAUUUCUGACACAGAUAAAGUUGGAGAAGGAUGAGAUCACGUCUGUUUUCAAGGAAAUGCAGAAAUUUAUUAAGGCAAAAGAACGCCUUUGGCUAGACCAGCUGGGAGAAAUGGAGAAAGAGACUGAGAAAAGCUGGGAAGAAAAUAUCACCAGUCUGACAAAGGAAAUUGGUCGUCUCAGUACAUUGAUCUCAGAGAUGGCGAAAAAGCGUCAGCAGCCACCAAUCAGAUUGCUGCAAGACAUUGGAAGUACUUUGAAAAGGUACCAGGAGGGACUACUGAGACAGGUGGUUGAGCUUUCUCCAAGGCCUGAAAAGAGACUUAGAAGUUACUCCCAGAAAAGGCCAGUUCUAUUAAAAGCCAUGGAAAAUUUUGAAGAGUUCCUGGAGGAAACAUUUCCCAAAGAUUCAGCAAAGGAAAUACAGAACAAAGUGAACGUGAUUUUGGAUCCAGACACAGCACAUCCCUUCCUCAUCCUGACUGAGGGUUUGACCAGUGUGAAAUGGGAGGACAGAUAUCAAGACCUGCCUGACUGGCAUACAAGAUUCAACCGGGAAUUCUGUGUGUUGGGCCAAGAGAGAUUUGCUUCAGGGAGACAUUGGUGGGAGGUGGAGGUGGAUGAGGAGAAGGGGGCAAUGUGGGCCCUGGGGGUCGCUCGAGAAUCUGUCAGGAGGAAGGGGAUUUUCAAAUUUACUCCUAAUGAAGGAAUCUGGGCUGUGGGGAAGAAGCCAUAUAACUCACCUUCACCUUGUCGGCUCUCCGUCUUAAAUUCCCCUGAGUGGGUCCCUUUAAACUUGAGCCAUGAACCCAGAAACAUCCGUGUGUCCCUGGAUUAUGAGGAAAGCCGGCUGGUAUUUUUUGAUGCGGAUACCAACAAGUUGAUCUUUGCUUUCUCUUCAGUUUCCUUCCAUGAUGAAAGGAUCCAACCCUUUUUCUGGGUGGGGUCAGGGGUCCGGUUGAACCUCUGAAUAGUGAGGAUAAUCUGUGUCAUUGUCACUCUCUUUCUCCUUCAAAUUCAGCUCUGUAUCCUAUGCAUCAACAAUUAUUUAACUGUGUAGAUUCAGAUUCAUAUUUUCCUUUUUUAAACUUUUGCAGAUGUGAUUAUUCAUGGAUGUGAAUCAAAUGUUUUCUCUAGGAACCUUUAGGUCUGCCAGUGUGACUAUAUGAGCAAAGUCUUCUGGUUAGGUUCGAGUAUCUAGAGCAGGGGUCCCCAAACUAAGGUCCAGGGGCCGGAUGCAGCCCUCCAAGGUCAUUUACCUGGCCCCUGCCCUCAGUUUUAUAAUGUAAUAUUUUUAUAUCAGUUUUAAUAAUAUAAUAUUGUAUAUACAUAUAAUAUUGAUAGAAAUAUUACAAUGUAAUACUAAUAAUAAUACCAUAUAAUAAUAUUAAUUAUAUAUUAUAUGUAAUAUUACUAAUAAUAUUACAAUAUAGUGGUAUAAUUCAAUAUAGUAAUAUAUAAUGCUAAUAUUGUUCUAUGCUAAUAAUAUAAUAUAUUGUAUAUAGAUAUAAAUUGUAAGCCGCUCUGAGUCCCCUUCGGGGUGAGAAGGACAGGAUAUAAAUGUAGUAAAUAAAUAAAUAAUAAAUAAAUAAAUUUUGACUCGCCCAAAAUCUGAAAUGACUUGAAGGCACACAACAACAAUAAUCCUAAUUAACUUGACUAUCUUGUUGGCCAGAAGCAGGUCCACACUUCCCAUUGAAAUCCUGAUCAGUUUGAGUUGGUUAAAAUUGUUUUUAUUUUUAAAUAUUGUAUUUUUCUUUCGUUGUUGUUGUAUGCAUAGGAAUUUGUUCAUUUUUUUUCUUCAAAUGAUCAUUCGGCCCCUCAACAGUCUGAAGGAUUGGGGACCGGCCCUCUACUUUAAAAGUUUGAGGACCGCUGAUCUAGAGAUUUCUAGAGAGAACACCUUUCUAAGAAUCUCUAGGUCCUCAAAUGCCAUUCUGUGGUCAGCUUCCAGUGGAACCAAAACAUACCUAGAAGGAUGCUCUCUUGAUACAAAAAAUACCAAUGUCUUUGUCUGCACUGUUUCACUUUCACAGGGUUCCUGUGCCCCUAACCCAGGCAUGGGCAAACUUUGGCCCUCCAGGUGUUUUGGACUUCAACUCCCACAAUUCCUAACAGCCUACCAGCUGUUAGGAAUUGUGGGAUUUGAAGUCCAAAAUACCUGGGGGGGCGAAGUUUGCCCAUGCCUGCCCUAACCCCAGCAAAUGUGGAGGGUUGGCUGGAUGCCUAACACUUGACUAUUGCAUUUUAUCAUGCGUCUGAAGAAGUGCAUGGUACAAUAGUAAUAUCAUAUGAGUUCAUAUUAUGUGGUUUCACUUAUCCACAAAGACUACAUCCAUUGAUGAAGGCAAGUUGAGUGGGGGACCAGGCUGUGUGCAGUAGGGUCCUGAAAGCAGACUCUGCUUUGGGUGCCUCUCUCUGUCAAUAAAGGAGCUUGUCAUUGUGAAGAGAAGAGAUGUAAGUCAGGCUGUGCUUCUUCCACUGAGAGAGGAGUCCAUCUCCUUCCUCUGCAGAGAGAAACAACAGAAAUACCUGCUACGUUCCCCUUCCUGGUGGACAAAAACACAGUUGGGCUUUCACCACUUGUCUCAUUGUAGGCACCAAAUCUCAUCUAAACCGGGAAGCUAAGCAGGGUCAGUCCUAGUUAGUAUUUAGAUGAGCGGUCACCAACAAAGACUACAGUAGAAUCUCACUUAUCCAACAUAAAUGGGCUGGCAGAACGUUGGAUAAGCGAAUAUGUUGGAUAAUAUGGAGGGAUUAAGGAAAAACCUUAUUACACAUCAAAUUAGGUUAUGAUUUUACAAAUUAUGCACGAAAACAUCAUAUUAUACAACAAAUUUGAGAGAGAAAAGUAGCUCAAUACGCAGUAAUGCUAUGUAGUAAUUACUGUAUUUAUGAAUUUAGCACCAAAAUAUCACGAUGUAUUGAAAACAUUGACUACAAAAAUGCGUUGGAUAAUCCAUAACGUUGGCUAAGCGAGUCUUGGGUAAACAAGACUCUACUGUAGUUAUAUUUGAGGGGAAAAUGGCAAAACAAUUUCUGAGGAUUCCUUGAUUAAGGAAAACCCAUAACCUUCUCAGAGUUGUCAUAAGUUGACAUGCAAUUUUCUUGCGCACACAGAAAUGUACACAAAGUUCAAGUAGGUUAGUAGGUGAACAUCUCCCGGACCAGCACUUUCUCUGACAUUUUCUGACAGCUAGGCAAGAGCAGUAGGUGUACCAACAGCUACUAGCCACAUUAAACCCAGCCUCCAUGUUCAGAGACAGUAUGCCAGAUUGUGCCAUAGAUGGCUAAUGUUGAAAUACUGUUGGUGUGGUUCAUGGUGCCUCCAAAGUACUUUGUAUGUUACAAGUUAAUCUGCUCACAUUCCACCAAAAUGCCUGGGAUUCAGGGCUCCCAAAUGGCAAUUUGGCCAGCUAAGUGAGAUAAAAAGCAUCUUUUAAAAUGUUUGACUUUUGUUGUGAACAUCCAACUAAAAUUAAUUAUUUUAUUAGGCACAUUCCAUCAUCCACUCAUCAUACCAGCUUUUGGUUUCAUCUUUGUGAUUUAUUUACAUUUGUACUCUUGUUUAUGCCAAUGGACAAUACAUGGCUAUUUUGAUAGAUUUUAAAAGACAGUCAAUCACUUUUUUUGUUGUUUGAAAGGUCAAAUUACAUGCAUCGAGAAUAAGUUAGCAAAGCAAGUUGAUUUUACUGACAUUAUUGGAAAAAUUGUGUUGACUAAAGCUAAAACAUAUACUUUGACAUAAUGUUUGAUAUUGUGUUUAUUAUGUAAAUCCAUAUAGGUUUUUAAAAUAAAUAUAAAUGUUACAGUUGUG